UCCUCUUGCAACUCAAAUGUCCGCCCGAAUCCCCAAAUCCAAGCUACUCAUUCCACCUACCUUCCUCCUCAUCGUCCUCCUGAUCCCCUACACCACCACCACCUCCUCCUUCCCCCUUCCCUCCGCCGCCGCUGCCACAGCUGCUCUCCACUGUCAAUCCACUCUCUUCCCCAACCUCUGCCUCUCCACUCUCCUCUCCAUUCCCAACCUCUCCACCACUCCCCUCCCAUCAAUCAUCUCCUCCGCCGUCAACUCCACUGCCGCCACCGUCAUCUCUUCCUCCCAUAACUGCUCCUCCAUUCUUCGCCGCCAUCACCUAAGCCCUCGCCAAAGACUCGCCCUUUCCGACUGCAUCGAGCUUCUCGACGCCACGCUCGAUGAUCUCCACCUCGCCGUCUCCGAUCUUCGCCGGAGUUCUUCCCGUCGCCGCUGCCGCGCCGAUUUGUCCACUUUUCUCUCCGCCGCCAUUACGAAUCAGUUCACUUGCCUCGACGGCUUUGCCUUUGUUCCCGAGCAGGAGAGCAUUCGUCCUCAGAUUCAGCGUAGAAUGGUCAAGAUUUACAGACAUGUUAGUAAUGCGCUCGCCUUGUCAAAGAAGAUCAGUUCGCCGGAAAAUUGUAAUGGCCGCGGCCAAGAUGAAGUUUUUCGAGUGAAUGGUAAAUUUCCCACGUGGCUGACGAGAAGAAACCGGCACCUACUUCAGGCGCCGGCGCCGGCGACAUCAAUUGUGGCGGACUUGGUGGUGGCGAAGGACGGGAGCGGUAACUACACGACGGUGGGGGAAGCAGUGGCAGCGGCGCCGAAUAACAGCGCGACGCGGUUCGUAAUUUACAUAAAAGCCGGGGCGUAUUUUGAAAAUGUGGAGGUUGGGAAGAACAAGGUCAACUUAAUGUUCGUCGGAGAUGGCAUGGGGAAGACGGUGAUAAAAGCCGGCAGGAACGUCGUCGACGGCUGGACCACUUUCCGGUCAGCCACUGUCGCGGUAGUAGGCAAAGGCUUCAUCGCCCGCGACCUCACCGUCGAAAACGCCGCCGGUCCAACCAAACACCAAGCCGUCGCCCUCCGCUGCGGCGCCGACCUCUCCGCCUUCUACCGCUGCAGCUUCGUUGGCUACCAAGACACUCUCUACGUCCACUCCCUCCGCCAAUUCUACCGCGACUGCGACAUCUACGGCACCGUCGACUUCAUCUUCGGCGACGCCGCCGCCCUCUUCCAAAACUGCAAUCUUUACGCCCGCAAACCCGACCCCAAUCAAAACCCCAUUUUUACAGCUCAAGGCCGCGAAGACCCCAACCAGAACACGGGCAUCUCAAUCCAACGCUGCAAGAUAACUUCUGCGGCCGAACUAAUCCCGGUUGAGUCAGACUUCCAGAGCUAUCUCGGCCGGCCAUGGAAGAAGUAUUCGAGAACUGUGGUGCUGGAAUCGUAUAUAGGGAGCUUGAUUGAGCCGGCGGGGUGGUCGGAAUGGAACGGGAGUGUGGGAGUUGAUACUCUGUUUUACGGGGAGUACAUGAAUCGAGGGCCUGGAUCCAAUGUGAGUGGGAGGGUAAACUGGAGUGGGUAUAAGGCCAUUAAUGAUUCUGCGGAAGCUUUGAAUUUUACUGUUGGGAGCUUUAUUCAGGGCGAUGACUGGCUAGGAGCUUACUCUAUUCCCUUCUUUUCUGGUUUGAGCUGAAGAACUUUGUUUGUUAUUUGGAUACAAAAGCUUGAACACUGCAAUAAAGUAAUGAACUGUGACAACAAAUUUUUCUGUAAAAUAACAAGCUGGGAACUUGAUUAGAUGCUGGUGACAGAAAUUUUUUUUCUCCAUGUAGAAUAUAUAGUUGGUGAGAUAUGAUAGUUAGAAUACUAUGCCUUGCUUUACUAA